UUAUUGUCUUUUUUCUGUGAUGAGGCCAACACCCAGCUGGGCGGAAACCUUGCCUUCCGUCCGCGCGGGGCCCAGGGGAGAACCACCGAGGACCUACGUCGGGGUAGAGAGCCCGGGCCCUCGCGGAAUCCUGCGCGGUCAGGGCGCGGAACCGGCCCCCUCGCGGCUCCGAGCCCCCGCCGCCGCCCCUCGGGGUCGCCCGCAGGCCUGGGUCUGCCCGAGGACUUUCGCGAUCUAACCACCAGGAGGAGCGAGUGGGAAGGGGAGGGGUUUGUCCUCCGCCAGGCGGUGGGGUGUUGGCGAGAGAGUUUGUGAAAAGUUGUGAGCCGAGCAAGAGGAAGUGGGGAGAGAGGAGUUGGGGCUGUGUCGGAGGCCAAGGCCUGGGAGGUCUCCGGGGACCCCGGGAAAUCGCAGGGCUGGAAGGGAGCUGAACGCCUGCAUGAAAGGAGGACCCGCCUGGCAUUUCGCUCCCACCUGAGCCGAGAACUCGAGCUGUGGGUCCCGCAGCCCUCCCCCUGCGUGGUGACUGGCGGUGCCUCUGCGCCCUGGCCAUGAGGAUCCGGAUGGCGGUGAGGUGGACCUGGGCAGGCAAAAGCUGCCUUCUGCUGGCGCUUUUAACAGUGGCCUAUAUCCUGGUGGAGUUCUCGGUCUCCACUUUCCAUUCCUCCCCAGAAGCCGGCUUUGCCCGGGAGCGCGGGCCAAGACAGCUCUCUCACCCCGGGGAAGGGGCGGAGGAUUUGUCCCAGCCGCUGUAUGAGAAGCCCCCUGCCGAUUCCCAUGCCCUUGGGGACGGGGGGAAGGCCAGCAAACUCCAGCUCGAUGAAGGUGAGCUGAAGCAGCAAGAAGAACUUAUUGAGAGAUAUGCCAUUAAUAUUUACCUCAGUGACAGGAUCUCCCUGCACCGCCACAUAGAGGAUAAAAGAAUGUAUGAGUGUAAGUCCAAGAAAUUUAACUAUAGGAGCCUUCCCACCACCUCUGUGAUCAUCGCCUUCUAUAAUGAAGCCUGGUCCACUUUGCUGCGCACUAUCCACAGUGUUUUAGAAACUUCCCCUGCUGUCCUUUUAAAGGAGAUCAUCUUAGUGGAUGACUUGAGUGACAGAGUUUAUUUGAAGACACAACUUGAAACUUACAUCAGCAAUCUUGAGAGAGUCCGCUUGAUUAGAACCAAUAAGCGGGAGGGGCUGGUUAGGGCCCGCCUGAUUGGGGCCACUUUUGCCACUGGGGAUGUCCUUACUUUCCUGGAUUGUCACUGCGAGUGCAAUUCCGGUUGGUUGGAACCACUUUUGGAAAGGAUUGGUGAAGAUGAAACAGCCAUUGUUUGUCCUGUUAUAGACACCAUUGAUUGGAAUACUUUUGAAUUCUAUAUGCAGACUGGGGAGCCCAUGAUUGGUGGGUUUGACUGGCGUUUAACGUUCCAGUGGCAACCUGUCCCCAAACAUGAAAGGGACAGGCGGAAAUCGAGAAUUGAUCCAAUCAGAUCUCCCACCAUGGCUGGAGGACUGUUUGCUGUCAGCAAGAAAUAUUUUGAGUACCUUGGGACAUAUGACACUGGAAUGGAAGUGUGGGGAGGUGAAAACCUGGAGCUGUCUUUUAGGGUGUGGCAGUGUGGAGGUAAACUGGAGAUACACCCAUGUUCCCAUGUAGGCCACGUAUUCCCCAAGCGGGCACCAUAUGCUCGGCCCAAUUUCCUGCAGAAUACUGCCCGGGCAGCGGAAGUGUGGAUGGAUGAGUACAAAGAGCAUUUCUACAAUCGAAACCCUCCAGCAAGGAAAGAAGUGUAUGGUGAUAUUUCUGGAAGAAAAUUACUACGAGAACGGCUAAAGUGCAAGAGCUUUGACUGGUAUUUAAAAAAUGUGUUUUCUAAUUUACACGUUCCAGAGGAUAGGCCAGGCUGGCAUGGAGCUAUUCGCAGUAUGGGAAUCUCUUCUGAGUGUUUAGAUUAUAAUUCUCCUGACAGCAACCCCACAGGUGCUAACCUCUCACUGUUUGGAUGCCAUGGUCAAGGAGGCAAUCAAUUCUUUGAAUAUACUUCAAACAAAGAAAUAAGGUUUAAUUCUGUGACAGAGUUAUGUGCAGAAGUUCCUGAGCAAAAAACCCAUGUAGGAAUGCAGAAUUGUCCAAAAGAUGGGUUCCCUGUUCCAGCAAACAUUAUUUGGCACUUUAAAGAAGAUGGAACCAUUUUUCAUCCACAUUCAGGACUGUGUCUUAGUGCUUAUCGGACACCUGAGGGCCGACCUGAUGUUCAGAUGAAAACUUGUGAUGCUCUAGAUAAAAAUCAGAUCUGGAAGUUUGAGAGAUAGAAGAGCAUUGCAGCACUUUCAUCCCAAGCUGACAAUAGCUUCAGGGAACUCAAAGGGCCUUCAAAGAGCCUCAGUGAAGAUUGUAUUUUAUCAGAAAUCACCCAGUGUCAUCUCCAAGAGCUCUGUAAAAGCUGUGGUUCAUUUUGCUAUAGAACACUGAAGCUGGGUGCACGAAGAGCUGCUGUUUUAAUGGUUCAAAGUGCCUUCCUUUUAGGUUGUUUUAUUUGCCAGCUUUGUCAGUAUGGUUUCUUGUUUCUCCUUCUGUGAAUUGAGAUGGACAAAACAUUUACAUGCCCUACUUAAUAUUAAAGAAUGUAAAAGUCCAAGCAGAAUAAGGGAUGAUUUGUGUUGAUGGGUAAGUUCACUGCCCAUCCCAUUUUUAAACAGAACUCAUAAAUGUGCAGUUUGAACUAUUGCUGUCUUUCUUGUGCAUAACAUUUGAAUUUCUUUUCCCCAGCACAUUAAACUUUUGUGUUCUUUAAACUCUAAUUUUCCUUUAGUCAAAUAGAAAUCAAAGAAAGUUGAUCUUAAGGAGAAAGGCCUGGUUUAGAUGUAUGUGUCAUUGGAAGAGGGUGUCAGUAUGAGUGUGAUUUUGGAGGUCUUUUUAACAUAGACAUCUCAGAAAAAUUAACCCACGUCUGAAUGAAAUGGGGAAAUAUUUACAUUCCACACUUUGUAAACUUGAGCUAUUGGAUUUAACUGAUCUAUAUUGAUACCUCAAAUUGCUCUGAUUUUGUAAGCUGUCCCCUCUAUGAACUUGUUUGUGUGUAGAGCAUUUUCUGAUUGCACUUCCUUAAGUUAUGAAUGUACUGGAGAGACUCAUUCAGAGUAGUGUGCUAACCUUUGUUAAUGCUUAAUCACUUAAAGUAAACAUAAUUGAGGCCUCUCUGAAGUUAAACUCAACUGUGUUUACCAAAAUGUGUGAAACUGAAAGUGGGCCCAGUUCUCAAGAGCUGUGGAACUCUUCUACCAGUUCUUGCUGAUUAGGACAUUUAAGGAUUUAUCUUAAGAAAACAAGGGAAAAAAGACUGCCUUGGAAGUCUUUUCCUGCCAAGGAAACCUCUGGCAUCUUGUCCCCUUGGCAAUAGUGAAUGCAUAUUUUCAGUACCUAGCACUGAGCCUGGUACUUAGACAGCUUUCAGUAAGUGGGUGAAUGAAUGAGCCACCAAAUGAAUGGCUUAGCCGAGGAAUGUGACUUUGUUCAAACCAUUUGACCAAAACACUCAGUUUGGGCCCCAUUUUCCUCAUCUGUAAAAUGUGGGUGCUGGAUUAGAUCUCAAAGAUGCCUUCUAGCCCUAAAGUGUUGUAAUUGUACAUUAUAGUUUUCUCAGAUUCAGUCACUGUGCAGUCUUUACAAUACUUUUUAUCUCUUCACUUUUAACAUAGGUAAUGUUGAGCACUGUUCCGUCUAGCUAUGAAAGUGGAAAAGAGAAAUGGUUUUAAAAUUAAGUAAGCUGAGCUCAGUGAAGUGGUUUAUUUUGGAUUGAGUGGAAAGUUGUUGCGGUCAAUGUUUGUAUUCAUUUCAGUUUGACAAUUGUUGAACCAAUUUCGUUUUUAUAUUUAAUCGUUCCAACUCGAAAGAUAAUCUUUUAGACUAAGAAUAUAAAUAUUUCCCAAACUAAAUUAUCUGAGAAGUGAACAUACUUUUUUGAAAAAGAGUAUUUUUGCUGGUUUCAUUCCAUUAAAUCCAGAAAUCACAAGCUGAAUUCAGAAUUAAAUUGCAAUUAGUUCACUUUGGUCUAGAUUUAUGAAAAAUGCAUACUUCAGAAAGAAUUAGUUUGCAGUAUUUCUAAGAGUUGUUUUCAGUGUCUACUUGAUAACUUGGAGAGAAGGAACCUUGCAAAAUCUGAAUUUAAGAAAAACUUUUAGGAUAACCAUUUCAAAAGUAAAAUUGCUAUAUAUCAUGAAUAUUUUGUUUCUUUUUUGCUUUUAAAAUUAAAAUGUGUUAAUAACUUUCUAUAAGUUAUCUAGCAACCUUAAUGUUUGUGAAGUAUUGUCCAGAUUCCAUGUGCAAUGUGCAUGGCCCUGGGUAUAUUGUAAGAAGGAUUUAUAAUACUCUGUGUUUUGCAAAAAAGCCGAUUUGACAGCGGAUGUUCUUAACCUACCCUUUCCCCUUGCCCAGAAUGCGUUUUUUUUUUAAUCAUCCUUUCUCUUAUUUAUUUAUUUUUUGUUGUCCUUGUUUGCCCCCUUUCAAAUGGAAGAACUAAAACUGACAUAUUCAAGAAGUACUUAUUGUAGUUACUUUUAUUCUGUGUCUUGCUGCUCCUGUUAAAAGGGAAAGGGGACAUUGAAAAGUAAAGUAGUUAAUUCUUUACUUUUUGCCUAAAUUAUAGGAUGAGACCCAUUGAUUUUUUUGCAAGAAAUUUUAGGCUAGUGCUUUAUUUUUAUCAAUAAUUCAGAACAGUCAGGCUGUUCAUUCCUCACGAUUGUGUACGUAACAGAAGAACAAGACUCUCAUUUUUAUUUAUAGGCAUUUCCAAUUUAAUUCCAAAACACAUUGUAAAACUAUAAACAAAAUAUAUUUUGAUUCCCUAACUGUAACUGAUCCCAAAGCUCUCUUUUGCUGUAGGCAAUUAAGAGUUGACCUUUUAACUUCAUUUACAUGCUUAAUAACAGUUCCAGUAAAAUAUUUGGUAGAUAAGUUUUGAUAUUAAAUGGCCGCUGUGUCAUUUAGUGUCCAAUUCUAUGAAUAGACUGACGAUCUAAUAGGCAUUUCUAGAAGUCAUUUUUAAAAACAGAUAAUCUAGUCAUCUGUAGGAUCUUUGUAACUGAGAAUAACUUGUUUGUGAAAGAAAAUUUGUUUGCUCACCCUGUAGUAAGCUCACCCAGGCUCCUGAGUAUUCAUUAUAUGUUGGCAAAUCAAACUUCUAGGUUGAGGACAAGAGGUUAUUUUUAAGCUGUACAGUCUUAGUUGGUUUUAGGGUCUUGGUUUUAAUUAAUAAAAUAUUUAGUUUUGACUUGUUUGUCCCUUUGACUUGCUGUUUAAUAACAUUUUUAAAAGAAUACAAAGAAUAUUGAGGUUCAGAUUACUCUCUUUUGGGUGAUGAAUUUAUUUUCCUGUGUGAUGAGUGGCUUCCAUCCUUUUUUCCUGUUGUUAAUGGUAUUUGAAAUACUGAUUAAGACAUAUAAAAUAAAAUGUGUGCCUAAUUAUUUUUGCAAA